AACUUGCCUUUAUAUUCUCUUUUCUAUACAGAUUGCUACAGUGCCUUUCCUGCAUUUUUGGACCGCAACUUCAGUGAUUCACACCUGCCCAUUAACACCUGGGAGUUUUUUUUUGGCUUCUCCAUUGUUCAUAUAAUUACAUCUUUAUCUGAACAGUGUAAGAGAGCCAGGGGUUCCUUAGGGAGACCCCCCUUGGGGUGGCCCGGCCUUGUGCCGCCCCCUAUAUUUUUUCCCCAUCGGAGAAUCUUCAUUAAGAGGUUUCAACGAUGGACAAGAAGCAGAGAAAUCCAUCUCUUCUGACGCUGUACUCCGUCCUGAAGGACUUCAGGGGGGAACACACGGACUUUGAGGCCCUCGCUUCUUAUUAUGAACAUCACUACCGGGUCGAAUUCGGCGAGAACAUCGUCCUAAAGCACUUCCUUCUAACAUGUGAUGUGGACCCGAGGAUGAGGGCCAAAGAGAACAUCAUGCAUUUCUGGAAAAUGCUCAACUCACUGGAAGUGAUUAAGAGGGAAUAUGCCGCCCUCAGGAAAUCUGCGAAGCUGCCUCCUGAUCAUCCAACUCGAGUGCGAAACCGGAGGAAGCAGCUUGAGUAUUUGCGGCUGGAGAAUACUAUCAACCAACAUCUGACGCAGCUUCACCAUGAGUUCUUGAGGGAGCUGAAGCUAAAGAAAGCGGCUGGUAAAAAACAAGCACACAGUCCUGCAGAUGAAGAAGAGGAGGAUGGAGCCCCUGCAGCAGCAGAAGAGGAAGCUCUUGAUACAGAGGACAAGGAAGAGGAAGCGGAAGGAGCUCCCGCUGAAGACCCUGCAGUGGAGGAGAAGAUGGAGGAGCAAGCUCCUGCAGAGGAAGAAGAAGCUCCUGGAGCAGCAGAAGAGGAAGCUCUUGCCUCUCAGGAGAAAGAAGAAGGAGCUGAAGAUAAAGAAGAAGAGGAUGCUCCAACAAAUGAAGAAACAGCUCCUCCCGCUGAAGAACAGCAAGUUCCUGAAGAGGAGGAGAAAGAAGAGGGAGCGGAAGUAGGAGGUUCUGCAGAAGAACAUCAUGCCCCUGGAGUGGAGGAGAAGACGAUGGAGGAGCAAUCUGCUGCAGUGGAGGAGAAAGAGGAGGGAGCUGAUGGUGAAGAAGAGAUCAUCAAAGAUCCUCUGGUGGUGGAGAGGCCGACCCUCCGAAAACAGUUCAGGAAGGCCAUCAUGAAGAGGCUCCGGAGAGUUUGGCAUUCCACCCAAAGACUCGCCGCCUGCUGCUGCCGCCGACCCAACACCAUGGCCUGAAUCUAAAGAAAUCCUAAAUGAUCCAGGGUGUAAAACCGACUGCCGUUUCUAGGAGUCAGGAAGGAAUUUUUACCUACAGUGCAGAUUGGUUCCCAUAGUACUCUAGGGUUUUUCGCCUUCCUCUGGAUCAUUGGUCGUUAGGGAUGCCCAAAUAUAAAUUAGCUGUUAAUUUUAAUAAAUCCUGUGCUCUCCGACAGGUUUCCCCAUAAAAAAGUCUCUGUGUUUCUUUAAUCCCUAUGGUGAAUAUUGAGGGAAGGGGCUCCUGUGCCUCAUUCUACCGGUUGGGUGACAGGGCAAUUAAUACUGCUGGGAGCUGCUCAAAAUGGCAGUGUAAGGGUAAAACUGGGUUGUGGUGCUGAUACAGUGGGUUAUUUGAUGAAGGGAAUGGGUUAAUUUCUCUGCAGGGUUAUUUGCUUCAUAUGUACAUUGAUGGGGAUGAAAGACAUAGGGACACAUAUUGAUCUCAAAUGAUUGAAAGGAACUACAAAAUUGCUUUACUCCAUAGGCCACAAUGUAAGCAUUUCCAUUCAAGUCCAUUGCCCUCUCAAUAUUGGAAUUCCAUCCACU